GGGCAUGUGAAUGACAGCUCAGAGAAGUAAACAGGAGUCAGGGGAAGAGGCUAGGGACAGCUGCUAGCGGGGUUCGUGAUAAUAUAUCUGCAGAAAAAGGAACAGCAUUGAUCUAAUAAAUACAGGAACCAUACACUGGGAAAACACUGAGAUGGAGGCCAGGCAACAGGGUCUGCUGGAGACACAACCUCUGCAAGAAGUAGAUGAAGACAUGGUAGCAGAGGUUGACCUGAGCAACAGUGUUUCUGAUGAAGAAAGAGAAGAGAUGCAAGUAGAGCUAGACAAGCUAGAAGAGGAAAUUUCCACAUUGAGACAAGUUCUGGCUGCCAAAGAGAAGCACCACGCCGAGUUAAAACAGAAGCUCGGAGUUAACCCACUAAGUGAAUUCAGACACAACUUUAAUAAAAGCUGGCAUGAAAUGCAGACCUCCACAGCGUACAAGAAGACACAGGAGACCCUAAGCACUGCCGGACAAAAGGCCUCAGCAGCUUUUAGUAAUGUAGGCACUGCAAUCAGCAGGAAGUUUGGUGAUAUGAGCAUAAAUGGCCUUCAUAUUCUGUUCCCUAAAAGAUCACAAUCCAUUGGCUACUCUGUCCAUCAUUCAAUGAGCAUGCCGGCAAUGAGGAACUCCCCUAGUUUCAAGUCCUUUGAAGAGAAGGUUGAAAGCACUGUAUCCACUUUAAAGUCCAAAGUGGGAGUUCCAAGCAACAGUGGAGGAAGUUUUGAAGAGGUCCUGUCAUCCACUGCCCAUGCCAGUGCCCAGGACACCCCUGCUUCUGCUACCAGGCUGAUAGAGAGCAGUGAGCAGCAGUGUCAGAACACUGACUCAUUCUGAACAUGCUGGGGGUGGAGGAUCCCAAGAGAGACGAGGCCUAGGGGUUCAACUGACAGUAAAACUACUUUAAGAGGCCUGUAUUUUUAAACCUCACUGUUGUCACUUACAAAGGACUAUAAGAGUGAAAAAAAAGAUUGCUUGCAUCAGGCUCACACAUAUCUUUAGAAAGUGGCCGCAAAAGCAGUUUUACUUAAUAUAUUUAUAAACACAAUUGUGCAGUACUUUGAAUAUGAAAUGUUUCUUAAGUGGUCCUAUCAGUAUAAAUUAAUAUAUUUAAAAAAACAUUCCUUUUUCAGUGCAAACAUACCUAUUUAAUAAACAACGGGAACAAAUCUUCAUGAUCUAAUUGUAAUUAUUUAUCAGUCAGAAAUCAAGUGUUGUACAACCAGUUUUGAGCAUGUGAUGUAAUUUUGCUGAUAUUUUUUUUAUUUUUGUCCAGAAUAUGUACAAGAACAUUUACUGCUACAGUUGCUUUAUAUUGCUCCUAUCAUUAAAGGAUUUCUAUUUAAUGCUUAAAGUAUUUAGAUAUGAAUUGUAACUUUUUUCAUAUUUAUGGAUGCUAAUUGCUGCAGAGAAAAAAAAUGUGUUUCUACAAAUUAUUAAGUAAUAAAAACAUGAAAAAAAUCACAUAAUUAUGCAUUUGUUGGCCCAUAACCUAUGUCUCAACAUCACUCUGACAGAUUGAUUAUGGAUGGUUAAGUGGCUAAACCAAUCUGGGAAGAGGAGUCAAAGCUAGCAAUGCAUUAUGGUAAUGAAACAAAUCAGGUAAAACAAACAAAAAAAACUGUUAAAAGUGUGUAAAUGUGCAUUUUGAAGCUUGUGGUUGCAGAUCACUUAAACUGGGCUUGAGAGUGGUCCAAGUGGUCUCUAAUUAUUAUUAUUAUUAUUAUUAUUAUUAUUUAUUUCUUAGCAGACGCCCUUAUCCAGGGCGACUUAUAAUUGUUACAAGAUAUCACAUUAUUUUUACAUACAAUUACCCAUUUAUACAGUUGGGUUUUUACUGGAGCAAUUUAGGUAAAGUACCUUGCUCAAGGGUACAGCAGCAGUGUCCUCUACCAGGAAUUGAACCCACAACCCUCCAGUCAAGAGUCCAGAGCCCUAACCACUACGCCACACUGUAAUUAUCUCCAGACAAGCCUUAUAGGGUUCAACAAGUUAGUAAUUCAUGUGUUUUUUUUUCACUUGUCAGCAACACAUUUCUGUAUAUUAUACCUAGGUUACCUGUCCCAAUACUACUGUCUACCAAGGAUAUUGAAACUAGCUCACAUUAUUUUAUUGUUAUAGUUAUAAAUCUGUCAUUUUAACAUUCAGGUUUUGUUGUGGUUUUACAUGUGGUUGAACACUGGUUACCUCUAAAUGUUAGUUUUUUUACCAAUAAUCUAUUUUAGGAUUGCAGAGUAAGUUUGCACGUGUCCUUAUUAAUGUUAACUUGUGAAAAUUUGGGGGGCAUGAACCAGGGCUUUGCCCCUUCUUAAUUUCACCUGCCUAUCAUCAUUGACUAAUUUCACCUGUCUCAUUACUGACUCCCUAUUUAAUCACAGUCACAGCUCAGUUAUUUCUCUUGCAUUUUGCCUUUUCCCUUUUCCCUCCUCCUCCUCACUUUUUUCAUAUGCUGCAGGCCUCUGUGUUGGUCCCCUCUGGGGGUGGGGUGAGUCUCACUUCCUUGACCUGGAGUUCUAUUAACUCUGCAGGUUCUUCAUGUGGUCAGAGGACACCACUGGCCACACUAUUCUUUCGCAGCUCAUGCACUAUAUAUCUUGCCUCACAAAAGAAGGCUGUUUUACUUCCUCCUUUACCCUUCUGGGACCUGGCCCUCCUUAUCUUAGUGCUCGAGUCCCAUAACUAACACUUAUUUGUGUUCUUUCGGAUUCUUUCUUCCUUACAUCAAGCUAACUGGGACCCAAUCACGAGGCCGAGCCUAUAACGACUCUCUGAGAAGUCAGAGGACUCUGUCUUUUCAGGGGCCCGGAGGCCAUUAGGGCUAGCCUCAACUCCAUAGGGAAGGCUCUCUCGGUUGGAGUCCGGCCCGUCCUUCUCUCUCUCUCCCUUGCUCUAGAAGCUGAGCCUCGAAUCCCAAGUUGCAAAACACUCCCUUCUUCUCACAGCCCUGGUUCCCGCCCUGUGAAUUUUAUUGUGAAGAUCAAUGGACUUUGUGACCACAAAAAAAAAAAAAAAAAUACAUUGUUGUGGUGUUAUUUAAAAAAAACAUCUUGUAGCUCAAACCAUAUCAAUGCCUGUGCAUAAG